AUGGCGUCAGCGCAACAGGAGGAGAUCCUCAUCAAGCAAGGCGCAGAGGCUCUCGCCUACAGGACCCUCUACAACGACAAAGUUGCACUCAGGAAGCACAGGCCGAAAAAGACAUGGCGGCAUCCCACGCUUGACAAAAGGCUCACGCGGCAUCGCAUCAGGUCGGAAGCGCGCAUCUUGGCGCUGUGUAAGGAGCGUGGUAUGGCUGUGCCUGAACUCUACCAUACAAACGAGCGAACGAGUGAUCUAUGGAUGGAAUUCGUUGAGGGUCUGAGUGUGCGCGAUCUUGUGAUCCAAGCGACGAUGGCGAAGGAUGAGCAUGAGGAAGCGCUCAAGGCGAUGAUGGCCCGCAUUGGCGUCGCCAUUGCUAGCUUACACAACGAAAAUCUGGUUCAUGGCGAUUUGACGACAAGUAACCUCAUGUGUCGUCAGCCCGCUGGGGCAGAGAUUGACCAGGUCGCUGCUAUGUUACAAGGUGAGGUGGUCAUGAUUGACUUUGGACUCGGUGCGACAUCGCUUAACAUCGAGGACAAGGCCGUGGAUCUAUAUGUCCUCGAGCGGGCCUUCAACAGCACGCACCCAAACUCUGAGUCUCUCUUUGCAGCCGUGCUCGAAGCAUACAGCACCCAUCAAGUCAAGAGUGUUGAUGUCCUCAAACGACUUGCAGAAGUCAGGUUGCGUGGCAGGAAGAGGAGCAUGCUUGGCUAAGGAGGCUACGCUUUAGUAAUUGUAGAAACCCUUGCCGCUCUUUUUGCCCAUCCAUCCGGCAUCGACCAUUUUACCAAGCAAAAUGGCCGGUCUGUACUUGCUGUCACCAGUCUCUCCGUAGAGAACUCGCAUAAUGCUCAAGCAAGUAUCGA